CUAACCUUAUCCUAAGCCUAACUUUACAUCUAAACGUAACCUAACCCUAAAUCUAUGAUGAUUCUUUCGGCAUCAGCAUCACCCCAUCCUGGUCCGAAUGUAGACCAAUAUCUGCAUACAGUCUUUAACAGUAUUGUGUUGAAACUAGUCAGGAACUCCGCUGCUUUGGACACGCCCAUCUCCCCUGCUGCUGUUGCCCCGCCCCCUCUAUGAUGACCAAUCAAGUUCAAUGGUCAGGCCCCUCAAGAUGGUCUCCAACAAGAUCUCGCUAGUCAAAACAUCUCCUUAGAGCAGCACUUUCUCUCCAAGCUCCAGCGGAGGAACCAUGGCACACAUUCACGACUCCAAACCCAACACGAGCAUGCUGCCCCCGGCCGCCGACUCCAUCCAGCAGGGAAGCAUUAGAAUGACCUUGGAGAACGCUCAUCUCUGGAAGUCCUUCCACAACAUCGGAACAGAGAUGAUUAUCACAAAACAUGGAAGGAGGAUGUUCCCACACUGCAGCGUCAGCGUCACGGGCCUCCAGCCUUUUGCCAAGUACAUCAUCAUGGUGGACAUGAUUCCAGCAGACACUUUCAAAUACAAGUGGAAAAAGGAGCAGUGGGAGUGGGCGGGGAAGGCUGAGCCUCAGCCCCCAUGUAGGUCAUACAUGCACCCAGACUCCCCCGCACCAGGAAGUCACUGGAUGAAGCAGUCUUUGUCCUUUCUGAAGAUGAAGCUCACCAACAACACCUUGGAUCAGCAUGGCCAUAUUAUCCUCCACUCCAUGCAUCGCUACUACCCCAGGUUUCACGUCAUCCAGACAGACAGUCCAUACCUGGUCCGCUGGGCCCCCUUUCUGUCCUUCUCCUUCCCGGAGAUGACCUUCACCGCAGUCACCGCCUACCAGAACCCAAAGAUCACAAAGUUGAAGAUUGACCACAACCCAUUUGCUAAAGCAUUCCGAGAGGGAGGCACACAUUCGCAAGGGAAAAGGUGUCGUCCUUCAGAGAAAACAUCCCCAGGAGACAGGAAAAUUGUAUGCAAAGAUCCUUCAGGCCUGCAGAGGACGCCUUCUUCCACUCAAUCAGAAGAGGCCGACAAGAGUCAUGCACAGACCAUGAAGCGGGGUCCACAUCCCAGCUGGUCUAAGGAGCAGGACGCAUCAGAGAGUCUACACGGGGAACCCCUGGAUCUGCACGAAUACGACUACAGCUGUGAGGAGCAGAUGGUGCCGACGUCAGUGACCUAUCAGCACGACAGGUCGGAUUUAAGGUCUGUAGAAUACACCAGAUUUGGGUUUCCCUCCAGUGACGCAGACACAUCCCAUGCCUUUGCCCCGGCUGACCAGGGCACCCGGCAACAUGGGUCCUCCCACCACCACCAUCACCACCCCAGCAACACAGCCGACUGGAGCCAGUACCCGCUCUUCUCCUACUCCUGCUGGUGAACCCUGACCCAGAGGAGCAGACAGUGGAGAUGUACAGAAGUGUAUAAAUGUGUAAAAUGUUUACAGUCUUACCAGGAGCGUCCAUCUUUUUCCUUUAUUUUGGCUUGCAAAUACACUUUUUUUUUUUACUUUGCAUUUUUUCAUAGUACAUUCAUUCUUUGUCAUUUAUGGGGUAAAUUGGGGCAGAACAUUUGCUGCCCCACACAGUGUUUAAAAGACAGGGAAUGUCGGCAGGAAGACAGUCAGACAAAGGAAAUCACAAUUCUGAUUCCCCAAACCACCCAUAAUAAUAAAAAUAAUAAUCAUAAUCAUUAAAUGUGCUGUAAAAAUCCUUGCAGCUGAAACACAAAAACCAUCGUGGUAGAGAGCGAGGUGACAGACUGUCUUCCAGCACCAAGUGUGGAAUUACCAACAUGGCCUGGCAAGUUUCCCCCGGCAGACGGCACAAACGUCUGGGCUGUAAAUAUUUUAGCACACACGCACACACACGGAGAAGCAAAUGUAUCUGGGACAUUUAUCAACCUGCCGAGAGAAGAAAUGUCAAGUGACACGUUUCUCCAUUAUGAAUUUUACUUAACAGUCUGACUUAUUACCUUAAAAGGGGUGCGUAUUAAAGCCACAGUACGUGUUAUUUUGGUUUCACCCAUGGAAUGGACAUGCUUUUCAUGAUGCUGAAAAAGCAGAAAUGAGAUAUUA